CAUUUCUUCUUGCAACAUAGCGAUCCCGGCGUUUAAAAAUUGCUUUGAACCCAAUCUGGGAAAUGUAUUUACUUUAGACUUAAGUCAUAACGCACUCGAAAAUGCACACAUGAACGAAUUUAUGGCAUCCCUUAGAGAAAUCCAAUUCUUAAACUUAUCUCACAAUCCGUAUUUAACUGUAGCUAGGAUCCCUCGUUUUUUGAAAGUAUUGGUGGAAAUAGAUUUGUCAUUUACAAGUGUCCAUACUGUGGAGAUAGCUCCUCUCCUUCACUUAAGUAUUUUCAACCUAAGAGGCACUAACGUGUCUAAUCUUCGUCCACGGUUAUUUCCAAAUGGCAUGUCUAUUGGCACUCUAGACCUUAGAUUAAUCCCGAACAUUGCUUUCUCUUUGGAAAGUUUUUCUGGAGUCAAUAUCACGACCCUCCUGGCAGACACGUACAAACUGUGCUGUCCAAAACUCCAUCGCUGGCUAAAAAGUUGCCAGGCGCCGAUGGAUCCCUUCUCGUCUUGCUCAGACUUGGUUGGCGGUUUGUACAUGCGCGUCUUGUUGUGGGUCAUCGGUGCCACUGCAUUCCUGGGGAACCUCGUUGUCUUUAUUAGCCGCCUUCGCCAUCAGAGGUCACCAGUGAGAAUGGCGUACUGGUAUUUUGUAGCUCACCUGCAUAUUGCUGAUUUUUUCAUGGGAAUUUACCUUUUGAUUAUUGCCUCAGCUGACAUUUACUACAGAAAUGAUUACUUUUUGCAUGAAGCUGGUUGGAAACACGGCCCCGUGUGUAAACUUGCAGGAUUUUUGUCCACUGCGUCCAGUGAAAUUUCAAUGUUCUUUAUUUUGCUCAUUACUUUGGACAGAUUCCUGGUUAUCAAAUUUCCUUUUGGCCAAUACCGAAUAUCUGGCAGAUAUAUUCAUGUGCUCAGUGCUCUGGCCUGGCUGCUCGGUCUGUCUAUUGCCAUGUUGCCCUUUUUGCCACCAUUCCAACACUGGCACGCGUAUAAUUUCGACGGCGUCUGUCUCGGUUUGCCUCUUGGCGACAGUUCUGUCCCAGGCUUCCAGUUCUCUCUGGCUAUCUUUGUCUUUCUCAACCUGUUCCUCUUCCUGCUCAUCGCCGUCGGCCAGCUGGUCAUCUACAGGGCGUUAGUCGAGGUGAGGAAGAGCGUGGCCAACCAAACGAGCAGCUCCGCCAUGAGACGAGCUCAGGACGUGGAAAUAUCCAGGAGACUUUUCCUCGUGGCUGCCACAGACUUUGCCUGCUGGUUUCCUGUAGGAAUUAUGGGCCUGAUCUCCAUGGCAGGACAUCAGCUGGGAUACCAGUUCUACGUAUGGUCGGCGAUUCUCAUAGUGCCCAUUAAUUCGGCCAUCAAUCCAUUCAUGUAUAAUCUUGUUUAUAUAAUAGACACUGGUACCGGAGUCAAACUGAAGGACCUCAAGCAGCAAGGGGCCAAAGGAACGAUUAUGUUGAGCCCUCUUGAAAUAUUGCAAAUGUCCGUCCUGACAAUCUCCAUACACUAA